UUUAUUAUGGCGGGAUUGGCGGCAGUGUGAGGCAAGUCGUGCAGGAAGAGAGGUAUACGCUUCACUUCACGUUCUCAUCAGUUAACUACCGCAAGAUGAUGUCCUGAUAGGCCUGCACCUCAGGACACACCAGGCGGGAGGCACCACGAGCAGUGAGUGUAUAGCAGGGAGUGACAGGAGGUGGAGGGCAAUACGAAUGAGGCAAGGGAGGCAAACAUUGAGUCUUAGAAACAUGAGUGAAGAUUUUGCAUCACCACCACCACCACCACCACCACCACCACUACUACGAGAUGGAGGUCCAGCGGGUGAGGGAGAAGAAAGUCAGGAAGCAGAGGUAUCAGUCAUCACUUUGCGUUCCCCAUCAACACACAGCCAGCGAGAACAAGAAUCUGAACGGGAGCAACAAGAAGAAGAAGAAGAAGAACAACAACAACAACAACAGCAACAACAACAACAACAACAACAACAACAACAACAACAACAACAACAAGACCCACACAACUCACAAAGCAACGAGACCUUUAUAGUGUGUGUGAGAUGAGUGCUGGGGAAGAUGCACACCGUCAGAACAACCUCGCCGGUCUGUAGUGUUCUCAGUGCCUUGGAGGACGAGGAGGAGGAGGAGGAGGAGGAGGAGGAGGUAGAGGCUUCUUACUACAAGGACCUUUUCCCUAGCGCCACCGUGACUGUAUUUUCAGGAUAUGAGAAUAAGGAAGUGAGUCUUAAGGAAUUGAAGGCUAUUGGAGUAGAGAGGGAGGAGGGAGAAGGCAAUUGAAGUGGAGGAGGAGGAAGAGGAGAGGAAGGAAGUGGAUUUUGAGGAGCUGAAGACAAAUGAAGUGGAGGAGAAGGAGGGGAAGGAAGUGGAUUUUGAGGAGAAAAAGAAGGAAGAGAGCAUUGAGAACCUAAAGGCUGUUGCAGUAGAAGGUUGAGGAGGAGGAGGCUGUAUUUGAGAGCCUAAAGCCUAGUGAAGAGGAAGAAGAAGCAUGCUGCAAGGACCCCAAUGAAGAUGGGGAGGAAGAGGCAGCCAUUUCUAAGAGCUUGAACCUUUGUAAAGAUGAGACCAACAUUGACCCGAAACCUGGAAGAGAGGAGGAGGAGGAGGAGGAAGAAGAGGAAGCUUUUUGUGAUGCGGACAGCGGGAAGAAACAGACUUGUGAUUACCUUCUGCCUAGCGAGUGCAUGAGUGGUUUUGCGACAGAAGACGGGGAGCAGGAGAGAGGGAAUGAGAGAAACGAGGCAAAUGAACUCAAGAUUAGCGUCAGUUUGUCCAAUGCUGCGGAAGAGAAGGAGUGCGGCAAUACAGACUCGGUGGGUGAAGUGAAGGGAGACCAGAGGUUUACUUCCGAGGACUUGACUACCAGGAUUGUGGAAGAAGACGGAAUAGAUAGCCAGGUGCAGGGUUAUGUUACUGAACUUGUGUCUCUCAGUAAAGGUGAAGUGCCUGAGGUACACCACUCGCCAACACCCAGUCCACCACCACCACUACCAGUCACCCCCACUGAAGACCUCGAGGAUGACCACCACUACCACGCCCUCCACCACACCGUCACCCUCUCCCCCACACAGCUGGAGGACAUAGGGAACAGCGUCCUCGAUCAGACAGCUUGGAGCACCACCACACACCUGGAUCUCACUCAGGCCUUACUGUCUCUGCCACCACAGCACCGCAUUGACGGCACACUCACCUGGCGGGACCCCAUACCACUCAUGCCGCCCACGCCACCACCAGGAUCUUCCCAACAGCCUCUGGACUCCUCAGGAACACGUAGCAGCGACGAGAGCCUGUUGGAGAGUAUUAGUUCCAGUGUGUUGGAGGAGACACAGGCUGAAGAAGAUGCAGCAGUGGGUGAAUGGAGGGACUACCUUCAUAUAGUUCACCCCUCCACCCUUGACACCGAGUCCUGUACAGAGUGAGAACAAAGAAAAGACAUCAGAGAAGGCUUUUCUUUCCUGACCGCCAGGGAACAGCACCGACAGCAACAUCAGAAGCUGGCGAUGGUGUGGAAGUAAAGACGUGCUUAUGUUCCUCCCCUGGUCCUCUGAAGGUUACAGCUGCACCCUCUCUCACUCCUGCCGAGGGGGGUAAGAAGCUCUGGCCUUGGAGGAAAUGAAAGUCCAGCACACAA